AUGCUUAUCGACAUCAAUUCCUUGUGCCUCAACCUCUCUGUCAGCCUGUUACUACAUACCGAUCGCGAUAAAGCCCGGUACUUGACACCAACCGCAAUAAGACACUCCUCAUACGAUACUCGUAACACCUGGCAGCACUGUGCCAAACAUUUACAGGGUGCCUCAUUGCACAGUGCCUACCAGACAUUGGGUUUAUCAACAACCAACCACGAGUCCGACAAGAAACUCACCGAGAUCCUUAAUGUACGAUACCGCCCUGGACAACAACGGACGACGCAUAUCGACAGCAGUGUCUCGCGCCUCAAACUCGCUGUCAGCAUGGGUUCGUUCGUCACGAUAUUCAGCAAGAGGCCGCGCUGGAAACACGGCGUCACGAUGAUCACAAUCGCGGGACGACAUUCAGAAGUGGAUUCAUGGCAAGCGCAAGGCCGCGAGAACCCUGCUGGCGUUGUGCUCAACCUUGACAGGCUGCGCUAUCUCGAACGUUGCCUACCGACCAUCCAGUUCAGCGUCAGACAGCAUGAGUUCACCAAGAACAAACUUACCGGCCCUCGUGGUGCGAGGUUUCCAUGGACAACCAUGGACGAGGUAAAAGAUAGAGGUACAUACCUCCAGUCACAACAACCUACAGCUCAUCUCGUGUCGCAUACAGCACCCACCGCACCCGCACUCCGCCUCCACAGUUCCCUGUUGCACCACACCAUCCCGCUCGCGUUUAUCGACUUCCAGCGCGAUUCCGACGAGGAGCACGAUUGCAGCUCAACAUCCAGAGAUAGACCGGACAACGCCUGCAAGGAGCAGCAUCAAACAUGUGAAGCACAACUGCAGGACCAACAUCCCGACAAAGAACACGAUGACAAGACACUUACAGGGGAGGCAGUACGGUUAGAUGUGGUGAUAACAUCUGCGAGAAUGGGUGUCAAUCAGCAGAAGGAUAUUCCAGCUCGCAAGACACACACGGAGAAGGCUAGACACGAGCAGGGCGGCCUGCAAAUAGGUGAGUGUGAGCUUGAUUUCUGCGACAGACAGCAGAGCCGCCUCGUCGUCGUGCCAGUCCAAAGAGAAGAGUGGGGGGCGCGGUGCCCAAGACUCGAGGAGAGGAGAGGAGAGCGGAGCGGAGAAGCCAAGGCGGGAUGA